AUGCAAAACGAACUGUUGGACCCACCUUUAUCACAAGGUGUUAUGCAACAUGUCACCCUGCCACCACAACCGAUGUCAGGACCUUUAUCACAACCCCCAACUUCUUCUAUUGCUGAGUCCGAGCAAACGGAUCCGAAUCGAGCUAGGAAGGUGGCAGAAGUUUUUCUUACUGCUGGACAUGCUUUUCAAAAACUAGGCGAUUUGGCGAUGCAACUCCACAUGGGUCCAUCGUCUGUGCCUAACGAGGAGAGAUGGAGCGAAAAUAAUGUGGAUCAUCUAAGGGAAGCGCUAACUCGUUUCGCUCACGAACUUGACCAAAUUAGCAAUAAUGUGCAAGCACGAACAACGAAAAUGAUCAGUACGGAUAUAAGGCGAAGGCAUAUGGCUCCUCAACGGCCGGUGGCAUCGGCUAUUUCGACUUUGAAACGUCAACCUACCAGACUUGGUCCUGUGAUUGUUCCCAAACGUCUGAAUGUUACCAGGAGUGCCACAAGGCCACAGUACGUUCAGCCCGGACGGCUAGCGACAGCCCCUCCCGCAAUUUCGCAAGUUAUUGUCCCCACUACGAAAACCUAUCCAAUGACGCGGACGACUUCAUCGACAUUUGCUGGUCAGCGGCAUGCGUACCUUUUCUUUGUCGUGGGGAGGAGAUGUCGGAAACUUGAGUGCCGUACGAUGAACCUUUUUUACUCGGGAUUUUGUAUUCGACUUUCUCUGGACAUUGAUGUGGAUGGAUUACUCUGUCGAGUUCUGAUGGGACCAAUGCAUUUUCGUCUACGCUCGACAUGCAUACGUCCUGGUCCCGUCACCGAUAUUGCAUCUGUUCAAACCUAUUUCUUGGAGAAUUCGAUUUCUUCUUGGUGCUAA